AUGCCCUAUUCACGGAUGUUCCCACCGUACCAGGACUCGACGUACGAGAACCAACCACAACAAUGGGAUGAAGUCGACUUCACGACCAUCCCGCCCUCGGGCGACAACUACGACAACAGACAAGGCAAAGACACAGACACACCCUUCUACGGCGUCAACGCCAUACCCAGCGAACCUCAGGGUGCCCCUUCACCCAACUUCUCCCAGUUCUUGAACUUUGAUACCUCAGAUGUCGGGUCAUACUCGGUGCCCAGCGAAGACGUCUCCCCCGACAGUAUCUACGGAAAUGCACCCAAUCCCAUGAACUGCACUCAACAGCUGCCGAACUACCCGCUCAAGACUGAACCCGACGUGAACCAGAACGACUUCUACCCUUGCGGGCUGCCCAACAGCCAAGGAGAAGAAUGCCGCUCCCAGCGAUCUGGGACGACUGAACCCUCGUGUCUGCAACUGACAAGCCUUGCUGAAAUUGAAGAUUGCAAUGCUCCUUCCUGUCUAACCACCAAUUCCAGCUCGCUCGGCGAGCAGAACUAUGGCCCAAGACAAACUCGCUCCUACUCUGCUGAACUGGCUCGUCUGCCACCCAACCUGAAGGAGGAAUCUGAGAGGAAACCUCGAAGCAAGCGCGGCCACAAAGGCUCGUCUAGCGAAGACGAGUCGGCGCAGCUUCGUGCUAAACAGGCUCACUCCGUUGUCGAGCGACGAUACCGCGACAAUCUCAACGGCAAGAUCAUGCAGCUGCACCGAGCCCUGGUGGCAGCCGAGUCAACGCCACGGCUGUCUGGCAUGCCGAAUCAAGACUUCUUUGCAUCUCGAGAGAACCGGGCCAAAGUGCGGAAGUCUGAUGUCAUGACCGAGGCCAUGAACUACGUACACCAGUCUGAAGUUGAGAUACGACACAUGUCCGAUGAGAUAACUCGGCUCAAUGACCGAGUCCGAGCUCUGGAAAAACUGGUCAAAUGUGAAGACUGCACCCUGCUAAAGCAAAUGGUGCGAUUGCAGAUCCAGCAGCAGCAACAACAACAACAACAACAACACCAUCAACAGCAGCAACAGCAACAAUUACUACCCCAAUAA